UGCAUAUGACGUCACACGGUUGACACAUCGAGCGCGGGGGAAAGUGCAGCUCAUACAUUUCACAAUGGCGAAGCAUGGUGGAAAGACUUGUGCGGCCGGUGCUCCCGGAGGCAUCAGUUGUACGAACAAUUCUUAUACUCCAAAUGUUUCCAUGAAUUUAUUCCCUAAAAGUGAGAAAGUAAGGGAUCAAUGGGUAAAGUUUGUGAAUGUUCAUAGGCCAGAUUGGAAACCUUCAUCGCACAGCACAUUGUGCUCCUUGCACUUUCACGAGAGCUGUUUUACAAGGCUAAAAUUAAGCAGAUUGUUGCCAGCCAAAACUAGUGAUGAAAACAGCAUGAGCUCUGAAGAAAUUUCAAGCACGAAGCCCAAAGAAAAACGAGUUUUAAAAACGGGAUCAGUUCCAACUAUCCAAUGCGCUAUCCAAGCACCCGUGAUCGAACAAAGCGCUCGUGAGAGGAGAAGAUCGCAAGCGGCACAUCUUAGCUAGCCUACAUUUUAAUGAGAACUUGCUGAGGGAGCCCCCGAAGGACAAAGGAUGGAAAGGAGUACUUGUUAGUAACAUACCCGAAGUACAAGUUUGGAGAAGAUGYUGUGCAAGAAAUAAGAGUAUCUCCCACUUACAGUAAGUGUAAUGAUAUGCAGCAGCCACAGUUUGCAGUUAAUGCCAGAGGAUACUGAUACAAAGAAUGCACUAGCUUUCACAAGUAUUUUCUGCUCACACUGCCAAAACUGAAUCUCAUGCUUUUUAGGUCAUGAACAUGAAUUUUAAUCCUUUGUUUUCCCUUUGUUUUUCCCUGAAUUUGUGGACGAUGUUAGGGAACUAGUGUUUUGCAUGUUCCUUGUGGAAAGGGAUGCAAUCCUUUCUAAGUAUAAGGCAGAUAUUCCCGCACCUUUGAACUCGAAGUUCACUGACAGGCGAUGUAGAGCAGAGGCUAGAGAGAAUUACAACAAGAGAAAGCAGACAGAAACAGCUCUAUGCCCUUCAGGUGAGAUUUUUUGAAAUUGAUUACAUAAUCAUACAUUGUAUCAUUCAAGCCCUACCCAUCAAACUAUGGUCAAUAUUUUGUUUCUGGAUGUUUGCCUAAGUAAGGGUUGGCAAGCUCUGGUAUGUAAUUCAACGGGGCUGUCACUAAAAUUUCAAGUUGCAGGAUAAAUACAACAAUUAUGCGGACAAUCAAACAGCUUGGGGUUUCCUUUGGUUCUAUUAAUUUUCUUUUUUCCUAUACAAGUAGCCAGAGGCCAACUUCAUACUGUAGAAGCCUGGAGGAAUCCCAGGCUCCUGCCUCUUAAAUACAACCCUGAAUCUGGAAGGCGUUAAUAUUGUACCAUCUACCAAAAGAACACAAUAUCAACAAGAAWUUUUUUUUUCUACAUUAAAUACACAUAUUCUACUUGCAGCUGAAAUUCUGAUUGAACUUCAGGCAUCAAGCACCCAUGCUAACCAACAGCCUGCCAAGAAGAAAAGAAAAACACCUACAUGCAGAAAGUGCAAGCUGCCAAUGAAAAACCAUGCAAGAGGAAGCUGUUCUGGUGCUAGUACCACCUAAAACACAUAUACCAGUCGAUGAACAUACAGACAUUGAUUGGAUAUCAAAAGAAACUUUAGUAAAUAAAUUUUGUUUGUGUUUAUCAUGGCCGAAUGUUGAGACUAAAAAAUAAAUUGUACUAUAUUUCCACUUGUCACAACAGAUACAUGUACUGUGACAGGGACCUUGCAUGUGGUAUGUAGCGUUGGAAAAUAAAAGAUCAACAACUUGAACGCACGGAGGUCAUGACUUUUGUAAAAUGUGGUGGCUCCUAA